GCGUCGUGGCUUCAAAUGAUCUCGAUUUAAUCAUCUUUACUCUCGGUAAAUUAAUAUUUAAAAAAAAUAUUAAAAUACAUAAAAUUAAUUAAAUUAAUAUUACAACAUUAAUUAAUUUAAUUUAUAUUUUAAUUAAAAUAAUUAAGAGUGUAUUUGCAAAUUUUUGUGACGUUGUUACAUUAUUUUUUGUUUGAUUGAUUUAUUGUUUUAAUUUUAAUAAGUGUUUUAAUAAAUUUAAUUAUUAUUAAAUAUAAUUAUUAUUUAUUUAUAUUUAAGAUACUUUUUUAAGAUGAUUUUUUGGUGUUAUGGCGGGAAUUUGUGAAUAUAAAAUUAGAUUUUUAAAAAAGGAUAUACAUUAUUGGACUGCAAUUAAAAGUUGCAGAACUUGUUUAUGUUAUUUAUAUUUUUUUUAAGUUUGAAAAAUAUUCAUUAAUCGUGUGUAUGUGAAUAAAUAAUCAAGACGAAUAUCAUUAAUUUGUUUUAUUAAAAACAUUUUUAAGUAUAAAAAGAAAAAAAAAAAACAUUUUCAAGUUUAGAAAAAAACUUUUUUAAAAAUUUUUUAUCCAGUGAAAAAUAUAUUGUGAUAAUAAUAUUUUUUUCAAUAUUAUUUAUUGUGUUUUUGUAUUGUUUUUAUUUUUCAAAUAACAUUAUAAAGAGAAAAUCAAGUGAUUUUAAAUUUUACAAAUUUUUUUCUUUUGCAUUUAUAAAUAUCAUUGGCUAAUUUUACAUUUAAUGGCACCGGAUUUUGAGAAGAAACGAGAACCACGAAGGGUUGGAGCUGGUUAUAUACAAUCAAAUAUAGAUAAAGGGAUGAUUUUGCAAAAAUUUUCCAAUAAUCCUUUAUCUGAUUAUUAUCUUUAUGGUAAUGUUGGUGGAGGGACACCGUUACUAGCAAGUUCGAUUACAACAAAUUCGAGUCAUCAUAAUACAAGGAGAUUUUCUCAUCAACGUCAACAACAACAACAAAAUAUUGAACAACAACAACAACAACAACAGCAACAGCAACAACAAGUACAUCAGCAUCAUUCACCAGCUAGAUCACCAUUAGCUGCAUUAAGCAGUUAAUAAUUAUUAAUUUUAAUUUUAGUCUUGGAAUAACGGUGCAAUUGGUGAAGAAGAUAGUAAACGUCGUAAAAUGGAUAUUAAACUUGAAUCUGAAGAUGCAAAUUUUACAUUUCCUGAAGUAACUAAAAAUGGUAGUGGUAGAACAACAGAUAAUAAAAUAAUACGUAGUACAAAUGUUGGUACAACAAGAACAAAUAAUAAUGGAAGCGUUGGAAGAGUUAUUGGUGUUACAAGACCACGUUCAUCACCAGGUGUUUAUGGAAAAAGACCAUCAACAACUCAUCAAGGUCCCAUCACACUUACCUCGCAACUUUGUACGUGUCCGCGUUGCGAUCGCCUCUUUUAAAUCCAAGUGUUUCGAGAGAUGGAAAAAUACAAUUACAAAUAAUGUGUCAACCAGAACAACAACAUCGUGCACGUUAUCAAACAGAGGGUUCACGUGGUGCUGUUAAAGAUCGUACUGGUAAUGGUUUUCCAACUGUACGUUUACUUGGUUAUGAUAAACCAACAUCAUUACAAGUAUUUAUUGGUACUGAUCUUGGACGUGUUGCACCACAUAUGUUUUAUCAAGCAUGUCGUGUUAGUGGUAAAAAUUCAACACCAUGUAUUGAAAGAAAAGUUGAUGGUACUAUUGUCAUUGAAGUUGAUAUGGAUCCAACAAAAGAUAUGCUUGUAACAUGUGAUUGUGUUGGUAUAUUAAAAGAACGUAAUGUUGAUGUUGAACAUAGAUUUCCACAAGAAGCUAAUUUAUUACAAGGUAGAAGUAAAAAAAAAUCAACACGUUGUCGUAUGGUAUUUCGUACACCAAUUACAAAUACUGAUGGUACCAUUGAAACACUACAAGUUUGUUCACAGCCAAUUGUUUGUACACAACCACCAGGUAUACCAGAAAUAUCUAAAAAAUCAUUGACAUCAUCACCAUGUACUGGUGGUAUUGAAUUAUUUAUAUUAGGAAAAAAUUUUCUAAAAGAUACAAGAAUUGUAUUUCAAAUUGAUAAUGAAGUUACAAAUAAUGUACUUGAACAACAUUGGGAAUGUUCAGUAAUACCAGAUAAAGAAUUUCUUCAACAAACACAUUUAGUUUGUAUUGUACCACCAUACAGAAGACAAGAUCUUACAUUAAAUGAAACAAUAUGUGUUAAAUUAUAUGCAAUAUCAUCUGGUAAAACAAGUGAACCACAUAAUUUUUUUUACACAGCAACAUCAACACCACCUGGACCAACAAUUGGUAAAAUUGAAACAACAAUAAUUAAUAAUAAUAAUAAUAACAGUAAUGAUAAUAAUGCUACAGCAUUAUCACCAUCAAAUGUACCAACGCUAAUAACAACAAAUACAAAUGUAACAACAAAUUUUUUAACAAAUUUAUCAUCACCAUCAGCAAUACAAUCACCAACUCAUCAAUCAUCAUCAUCAUCAUUAGCAACAACAGCAACAACAGAUAUAUUAAAUAAUAAUAAUGAUUCAACAACAGCAACAACAAUAUCACCAGUUGUUGCUAAUCAAGUAGCACCAUUAAUGAUAUGGACAAAUCAAACAGCUUCAAUACCACCAGUAGAAACAACUACAACAACAACAACACCACCAACAGAUAUUAUGAUGCCACCACCAUCACAAACACAAAAUAAUAUUAUAACAAAUUCAUUAUUAAAUCGUCGUUCAUCAACAAAUCAUCAAAUAAUAAUACCUGAUAAUUUAAAAUCUGAAUUACUUGAUGAUAAUAGUGAAAGUAGUAUGGUAAGUGAUACAAGUAUACAAAGUAUAACAACAACAACAUCAAAUGGUAAUUCAAAUACAAGUCCAAUGCAUCAAUUAGUUAAUGAUAUUGAUGCAACAAUUGAUUCAACUUCGCAAAAUAAUUUAUUAAGAACAGUAACAACAUUACAAACCAAAGAUACAAAUGUUGGAUUAUUAAAUGUUGUUGAUAUUAUUAAUAAUCAAACACAAGUUGACAUUUUAAAUUCACAUACCAAUAAUAAUAACAAUAAUAGUAACAGUAAUAAUAAUAAUAAUAGUAAUAAUAAUACCAAUAACAAUAUUAAUAGAGAUACAUCACCAAUAUUAACAAAUGAUAAUGUAACAAAUACAUCAUUAUCUGGUGUUGUUGAUUUACGUAUGAAACAACAUGAAUAUGAUACACUAAGUAAUUUUACAACAACACCUGUUGGACAACCAUUGCCAAAUCAAAGUAGUCAAUGUAUUGAAAAAUAUUUAAAUCAUAUUGAAUCAACAAAUAAAACUAAUAAUAAUAACAACAAUAAUAAUAAUCAAGAUAGUAAUUAUGUUGUUGAUACAAUGCAACAACGUGCAUCAAUAAUAUCAAGUACAAGAGAACAACAGCAACAGCAGCAGCAACAACAACAACAGCAACAACAAGAAAAUGAUACAAAUAAUUUAUUAGCACCAAAUCAAGCAACAGUUAAACUUGAUGAAUUAGUUAAUUCAGCUGUUGAUUCACAUCAAAUGAUACAAUCAAUGGAUACAAUAACAACAAAUACAAAUUCACCAUUAACAAAUGUUGAUACAAUGACAAAUUCACAACAGCAACAACAACAAAAUAAUCAUUCAAAUUCAACAAUACCAGUUAAAACAAUGUUACUUGAAGUAUUAUUACCAACUCCAAUGGUUACAUCAAAUACUGAUACAAUAACAUCAUCAACAAAUGAUGUUACAACAGAUAAUAGUAAUUUAUUAACAACAAUAAAUGUUGGAUUACAUCAAACAAUGCAAGAUAAUAAUGUAACAACAGUUAAUGUUAAUACACAUGAUUUAUUACAAGUUACAAAUGAACCAAUACAACAAAUGCCAAUGAGUCAACAGGAUGUUGUUAUGCAACAACAAGUACAAGUUGAACAAGUUGUUGCUCAUGCACAACAACAAGUUGAACAAGUUGUUGCACAAGUACAACAACAAGCAGCACAUACUGUACAACAAGCACAACAACAAGUAUUUCAUCAAGUUUAUCAACAUACACAAGUUGUACAACAAGCUGUACAACAAGUACAAGCAGCACAACAGGUACACUCAGUACCAGCUGUACAACAAGCAGUACAACAAGCAACAAAUGAAGUUGUACAACAAGCAGUACAACAAGCAACACAUGAAGUUGUACAACAAGUACAAGCUGUACAACAAGCAGUACAACAAGCACAAGCAGCACAAGCAAUGCAACAAGCUGUACAACAAGAUAUUGGAUCAAUGUUAAAUCAACCAGCUGGUUUUGUUGCUGAAGCAAGUAGUGCACUUGCUAAUGGUGCAUCACAAGAACCAUGUCAACAACGUUUAACAAAUGCUGCUGAACAAGCUAUAACAAAUGUCAUAACAAAUGCAACACAAGAUAUUAUUAAUAAUCGUCCAUUAUCAACAACAACAGCACAAGCUAUUAUUGCAACUAAAAAUAUAUUAAAUAGUGUUGCAACACAAAGUGCACAAUUAAUGAAUAAUGCUAUGAAUGAAAUAUUACCAAAAUCACCAUCAAAUAAUGGAACAAGUAUUGUUGAACAAGUUGCUAGAAAAUCACCACCAAUAAAUAUACCUGUUACGACAAAUCAUCAUGUUGUUAAUGAUACAAAUAUUACAAAUACAGUAUCAACAACAAAUGUACAAAUACAAAAUGUUGGUAGAAAAACUGAUGAUACUGGUACAAUGCUACCACAAGAAUUAACAUCAAUGUCUGAACAUGAUCUUUUGAGUUAUAUUAAUCCAAGUUGUUUUGAUCAAGGUUCAUUUCUCAUGUAAAAAAAUGUAACGAAACAGUCAUUUUUUUUUUUAGUAAUUUCUGGGUAAUUCUCAUGAUUUGUUAAAAUAUUCAUAAUUAUUAUUAUUACUACUGGGAAAUUUUAUUUUCAAACUUUUUUUUUUUUUGUUAAACAUUUAUUUCUUUUUUAAAUUAUCGUUUUCAAUUAUUAUUAUUUUUAUUGAUUAUUUAAGUUAAAGACGGGCGUUUGGGAAAAACGUGACGAAAAAAAAAAAAAAAAUUACAAAAUUGUUAUUAAUAUUAUUUUUGAAUUAUUUUUAAGUAUUUUUAUUUUUAAAUAUUAUUUGAAAAAAUUUGUAUCAUCUGCCAGCCUAUAUCAAGGUGCCUUUAAAUAUUAAUUAUAAAUUGG